AUGAUCUUCCAGGCGUUCUCUCAGAUAGCCCGCAGGAAAUGGGGCCUAAACUCCAAUGCAAUGAGUAUCAUCUAUGACUAUAUAUACACGCCUAUCAUUGCAUACGCGUGUGGCAGCUGGGGCUGGGCGGCCAAGAAGAUGCACCCCCACAGGAAGCUAAUAUCUUCACAACGAAAAGGUCUCAUACUAAUCUGGAGAGCAUUUCGUACCACACCAAACAGUAGUUUACAAGUUAUCACUAAGAAACCACGUAUAACAGAUAUUAUCAACGCAAAGUAUGAGCUCUGGAGACUCAAGACGGGUCACAGCAUCAGCACCAUCAACUAUGACAUACCAGCCACAAGUUACGAAAAAAUGAGCCCAGUUGCUGACCUUACCGCUCCCUACAUCAACGAUCAUAUCAACACAAAUUUUCCUACCGAACCCGACUUGAAGAUCUACACCGACGGCUCUGGGAUUAACAACAACAUAGGCUGCGCCUUCGCCACCUACAAAAAUAAUCAGGAAAUUUAUCAUCAAGGAUUUUGGCUGGACAGCCUUUGCACGAUUUUCCAAGCCGAGCUAAACGCAAUCCACAUGGCCAUAAACUGGGCCGAAGAAAAUUACAACCAACAGAGCAUCUCAAUCUACACAGACUGCCAGUCUGCUAUUGACGUCAUCAACAGUAACAAGCCUCAUCUUAUUGCCACCGCAAUUAAGAAAUCUGCUCUUAACUCGAACAACCACUACUUUAUUAGCUGGACCCGUGGACACCAAGGAACCAUCGAAAAUGAACGAGCAGACCAACUAGCUAAGACUGCCGCCAACGACAACUCCCUCCAGCCUAUAUAUUGCAAGCUGAGUCUUCCUAAAAUCAAAAACAUACUCUGCAACGAUCUACUACUACGAUGGCAAAAUUUUUGGUGCCACAACCAUAGCAAUUCCACCUUAAACUUUAUUCCAGACAUCCUGAAGCACUACAACUGUAACAAGCAUUGGUAUCCCAUCGAUCCAGACAUCACUCGAUUCAUCAGUGGCCACGGCAAGUUUUCCAGCUUCCUGCAUAGGUUUACUAAUAAACACACCCCUCUCUGCGCCAUCUGCGGGAAGGUUGAUGGCCUAUACCACUACUUAUACAGAUGUGUUGGCCUCGAACAAAAAGGCUUGCUAUUGAGCUUGCCGCCAAGAAUUUGA